AUGGCUUCCCAAAAGGUGCUGAUGCUCGGCGCUGGGUUCGUCACUCGGCCCACCCUCGAUAUUCUUUCUGAGUCUGGCAUUGCCGUCACUGUUGCCUGCAGAACCCUCGAGUCCGCCAAGGCCCUUUCCGCUGGUGUCAAGAAUGCCACCCCCAUCUCCCUCGAUGUCAACGACGCCGCCGCCCUCGACGCCGAGCUCGCCAAGCACGACCUCGUCAUCUCCCUGAUCCCCUACACCUUCCACGCUGUGGUCAUCAAGUCCGCCAUCCGCACCAAGAAGCACGUUGUUACUACUUCCUAUGUUAGCCCCGCCAUGAUGGAGCUGGACGAGGAGUGCAAGAAGGCCGGUAUCACCGUUAUGAACGAGAUUGGUCUCGACCCCGGUGUCGACCACCUGUACGCCGUCAAGACCAUUGAGGAGGUUCACGCGCAGGGCGGAAAGAUCAACUCUUUCCUGUCAUACUGCGGUGGUCUCCCUGCUCCCGAGAGCUCUGGCAACCCCCUGGGUUACAAGUUCUCCUGGUCUCCCCGUGGUGUCCUGCUUGCCCUGCGCAACGCUGCUCGCUUUUACCAGGGUGGCAAGAUUGUUGACGUUGCCGGUCCCGAUCUGAUGGCUACCGCCAAGCCCUACCACAUCUACCCCGGCUUCGCCACUGUCGCCUACCCCAACCGUGACUCCACCCCCUACAAGGAGCGCUACAACAUCCCCGAGGCCCAGACCAUUAUCCGUGGUACUCUCCGCUACGCCGGCUUCCCCGAGUUCGUCAAGGUCCUCGUCGACAUUGGCUUCCUCUCCGACGUUGAGCAGCCCACCUUCAAGGAGGCCAUCGCCUGGAAGGACGUCCUGCAGAAGAUCCUUGGCGCCGCCUCCUCUGACGAGGAGACCCUGAUCAAGGCCAUCUCCGCCAAGACCGCUUUCAACGACGAGUCCCAGAAGCAGCACAUCAUUGGCGGUAUGCGCUGGCUCGGCAUGUUCUCCGAUGAGAAGAUCACCCCCCGCGCUAACCCCCUGGACACCAUCUGCGCUACUCUUGAGAAGAAGAUGCAGUACGGUGAGGGUGAGCGUGACAUUGUCAUCCUGCAACACAAGUUCGAGGUCGAGCUCAAGGACGGCACCCAGGAGACCCGCCUCUCUACUCUCGUCGAGUACGGCAGCUCCGACCCCAACGGUUACUCCGCCAUGGCCAAGCUUGUCGGUGUCCCCUGCGCCGUUGCCGUCCAGCAGGUUCUGAACGGAACCCUCUCCGAGAAGGGUGUCCUUGCCCCCAUGAACGGCAAGAUCAACAACGCCCUCAUCAAGGAGCUGAAGGAGAAGUACGGCAUUGCCUGCAAGGAGACUGUCGUUUAA